AUUCGAUCAACGAACUACAUGUCUCUCAAACAGAACCAGGAAACUACUUAUACUCUUUAGAUCGGGAAAACGAAACGUAUUUCUCUUUCGGCUAUUGUAGGCUUAUCUCUGUCUGCGUGGGCAUACAAUACAAUGGCAGAAUCCAGUAUUUCAGUGGCUCAGAAUCAGUUCAAUUGUUCAGUCUGUCUGGAUCUACUGAAGAAUCCAGUAACCAUUCCCUGUGGACACAGUUACUGUAUGAACUGUAUCACAGGCUGCUGGGAUCAGGAUGAUCAGAAGGGAGUCUACAGCUGCCCUCAGUGCAGACAGACCUUCACUACAAGACCUGUUUUAGGUAAAAACACAAUGCUGGCUGAAGUGGUGGAGAAUCUGAGGAAGAGAAAACUACACAACGAUCAACUUGAUCACUAUUACGCUGAACAUGGAGUUGUGGGGUGUGACGUCUGUACUGGGGACAAAAACAAAGCCAUCAAGUCCUGUCUGGUGUGUCUGGAAUCUUACUGUCAGACCCAUUUUGAACGUCACGAGGAAUUUCACUCUAGAAAGCGACAUAAAAUGACUGACGCCAUUGAAAGACUGCAGGAGAUGAUCUGCCCUCAACAUGACAGACUCCUGGAAAUGUUCUGUCGUACUGACCAGAUCUGUGUGUGCAUGCUGUGUAUGGCGAAUGAACACAAAACCCAUGAUACCGUAUCACCUGCUGAAGAGAGGACUGAGAAACAGAAUCGCUUGGAAGAGACCAAGAGAAAAUUCCAGCAGAGAAUCGAGGAGAGACAGAAGGAACUUGAGGAGCUGAGAGAGGCUGUAGAGUCUCACAAGCGCUCUGCACAGGCAGCAGUGGAGGAGAGUGAGAGCAUCUUUACUGAGCUGAUCCGCUCCAUUGAGAGAAGCCGCUCUGAGGUGACACAGCUGAUCAGAGACCAGGAAAAGAUUCUUAUAAGUCAAACUAAAACACUCUUGGAGAGAUUGGAGCAGGAGAUCGAGGAUCUGAGGAGGAGAGACGCUGAGCUGGAGCAGCUUUCACACACAGACCAUCACAUCCAUUUCCUCCAGAGUUUCCAGUCUCUCUCUGUCCCUCCUGGAUCUACAGACUCGUCCAGCAUCACUGUCAGUUCUCGUCUUUCUUUUGAUGAUUUAAGAACUUUUGUCUCUCAGUUGCAAGAGAAACUGCAGCAUACUUUUGAAGAAGAGAAAGAAAAGUUAUGUAGAAUAGUGAGAUACAUCGAGGUGAUUCCCACCCCUGAAUACGAGAGCAGGAAUGAGUUCCUACAAUAUUACCAGCGGUUCACUCUGAAUUCAGAUUCAGCCCAUAAAUACCUCAGGCUCUCUGAGUUGAACAGAGUGGUUACUAACAUAAAGAAGGUCCAGCGGCAUCCUAAUCAUCCAGACAGAUUUUCUCAUUUGUGUCAGGUGUUGUGCAGAGAGAGUGUGUGUGGACGCUGUUACUGGGAGGUUGAGUGGAGUGGUAUCGUGGAUAUUACAGUGUCAUAUAAGAGCAUCAAAAGGAAGGGAUGGGGAGAUGACUAUGAGUUUGGCUGUAAUAAUCUGUCCUGGUGUUUAAUCUGCUCUGAAUCCGGUUGCUCAUUCGGUCACAAUUACAAACUGACUGAACUCCCUUUAGACUCCAUCUCCUCUAGAAUAGGAGUGUAUGUGGAUCACAGUGCAGGAACUCUGUCCUACUACAGCGUCUCUGACACAAUGACCCUCAUUCACAGAGUCCACACCACAUUCACUCAGCCGCUCUAUCCUGCUUUUUUGAUUUGCUAUAAUUCAGAAGUUACAUUUUGUGAUUCAGCCUAAUAAUCACAGACCUUUUAACACAUUCAGUAUUUUUCCACUAUUGUGUUCUGAGAAAUGUGAGGAUAGGUUAAACACGGUUCGGCAUGAUAUGAUUGCAAACUGUUCACGGUCCGGAUUUCUCGGCAAGUGCUGGUGGAACCCCUGUAGUGAUGAGACUAUGCUUUUCUAGUAUAGUAGCCUAUGUGAUCUUUCUACAUGCCGUAUUCAUCAGUGAUAGAAGUCAAUAAACCUUUUUUCCUUUU